AUGCUGAGUGUUCAGUUCUUACUGCCGCUGCUCUUACUAGCAAUGUCUGCCCCAACCCAUGCCUGGUCACGCCCCGUCUGGUAUCAGGUGGGGCUAGACUUACAACCCUGGGGAUGCCAACCGGAGAGGCUGGAUGGUUGUAGAGGUGGUCUGGGUUGUCCUGGCUAUUGGAUGGGCCUGGGAGGGAACCGCAUCUACCCUGUGGCUGGGGUCACGAUCACUACCACCAUGAUGCUGGUGAUCAGUCGUGUGAUGAUGCAACGGAAGCGAUCUCCCCAGCUCACUACAAAUCAGUCACAAGUGACCCCCAACCCCAGUUGUCCCUGGAAACGGCGGGCCACCGUCUCAGACCGCACCCUCCUCCUAGGGGUCCUUCAUAUGUUGGAUGCUCUACUGAUUCAUAUCGAGAGUCACCUGCAGUGCCUAGCCACCAAGCAGCAAAUUCAAAUAAAGGGGAAUCCCACCCAGUGUGGGUGA